GGGCGGCGGGCGCAGGUUCGGUUGUCACGCGGAAGAGCGGUGGGCGCGCCUUUGUUGUGCCCGGGGGAGGCGGGCAACCCUGGCGCCCGGCGGCUCAGGUUUUGCUUGAUACUCAAAAGCAUCAUUAGAAAACGAUGUCCCUUGACUUUGAUAGUGGAGCUCUGCAAACUCAACAUGAAGAUGAAGACUAUGACCAAGAGGAUUAUGCAAGAGAACAAGAGUUGCAACAGCUAUUGACAGACCUUCCCCAUGAUAUGCUGGAGGACAGUGGAGACCAGCUCUCCAGCUAUUCAGACUGUAGCAUUCAUGAGACUGAGGAGCAAUCACAUGAGCCUGGGAAGCAUGAUGGAAGGUGGAACGAUCAUCCGUUGAUAAGUGAUGCUCAAAAUGGUUAUGAACAAGGACAAAAUCUGUACCCUGAACAAUUCUUGUGUGACCAGCAAAAUGAUCACGUUGAAAAACAUGGAAAGAAUUGGAAUGGCUUACAUAACGAUGAAGAAAAGAAACAUUUAUAUGACGUUAAAGAAGAUUAUUGCGGCCAGAAUGGUCAAGAGGAUGCUGAUGAUAUUUAUCUUGGUAGAGAUGGGUUUAAUGCUCCAAGUUGCUACCAACAGAACAAUGUCUAUCAUCUUCCUGAAAACUUCAGGCCAUAUACAAAUGGCCAUAAACCAGAAUUUAACAACCAGCAAAAUAAAAUAAUAAGUUUUCCAGAUGCUCCAAAAGAACAUCUUAAGCAAUUUGUUGCAUCUGACGUUGUCAGUGGCCAAUCGCCAGAAUCUUACAAAGUGACUUAUAAACCAUACCAAAAUGGCAUUCAUCAAAAAAUUCCAGUAAUCCAAGAAGGAACCAGAAGAAAUGAAGUGUUUGAAGAUUUGCAACAUGAAUUCUUGGGUAAUGAUGAAAAUUCUUCAGAAAAUAUGCAGAUUCUUCAACUUCAAGUUCUAAAUAAAGCAAGAGAAAGACAACUGGAAGAACUUAAUGAAAAACUAGAAAAGAGUGCACAGCAGAUUAGGUAUUUGAAUCAUCAGCUUUCAAUGGUCAAAGAUGAAAAGGAUGGUUUGGCUGUUAGUCUUCGUGAGUCUCAAAAACUCUAUCAGAAUGGAAAGGAACGGGAAGUGCAUCUUGAAGGUCAAAUAAAGGCCCUUGAAACUCAAAUUCAGACUCUUACUACCAAUGAGGAGCAGAUACUGAAGCAAUCCAAAGUGGCAGAAGUAGCCAUGGAAAGCAUGCAGAAGCAGCUGUUAGAACUUCAGCGAUCAGAUGCCCUUCAGCGAGCCAGAGAACAACAUGAGGCCAUUAUUUCAGCACUCAAGCAGAAGUAUGAAAAACAAGUAUUAUCAUUAGAGCAGAAACUUGAUACUACGAAAUCUGCACUCCGAGAGCAGAAAGAGCUUUGCAAAAAUCUAGGAGAGCACAUUAAGCAACUUGAAAAAAUGCUGGAAGAAACCAAAUGUGAAAAAACUGAAAUAAUAAAUCGACUGACAAGAAGCCUAGAAGAAAGCCAAAAACAAUGUGCAAAUUUACUGCAAACAGGCUCGAUGCAGGAGACAAAUCAGUUACGGUUUCAGUUGCAACAAGCUCAGUCUGCACACAUGAUAAGCAAUAACAUGAACAAGGCUCUGCAGGAAGAAUUAAUGGAACUGAAGGAAGAAAUAGCUUUGUAUGAAUCUGCUGCCAAGCUUGGAGUGUUUUUGAAUGAUGCGGGUGGAGAGCUGCAUACAAACCUGGGUGAUUCCUAUGUAGAUUUGGGAAUUAAAAAAAUCACUGGGAAGAAACCAAGGUUCUGCAGUGCAAUGCAGAAGAGAGACGUGGAUAAAGAGCUCUCUAAAGAUGAAAUUAUUGUAGAAUUAAAAGCUGAGCUGGAACGUUUAUUGAGCAGUAAUAAAAUGAAGAGAAACCAGAUUACUCAAUUACAAAAUGAUCUUAAAGAUUGCCAGAAGACAUUAGAGGAAUACAAACAGUUGUUGAAAGCAGAAAAAACAUCAAAAGAGUCAGAGCGUGUUGCAAAUCUGAAUGAUACUUCGGUGGCCAGUCCUUCCGUUUCUGAUAAUCUUAAGGAAGAAGUUCUGAGACUCAGAAAGGCUAAUGAAACUUUGCUGCAAGAAGUUGAGAACCAUACUUUGACUAUUGAAGAACUGAAGGAAAAUGAGGAAAAACUGAAAAGCUUAAAUCAAGAUCUCUGUUGCCAGAUGAGAAAGAUGGUUCAGGAUUUUGAUCAGGAUAAACAAGAAGCUGUUGACAGGUGUGAAAGAACUUAUCGGCAACAUCAUGAAGAUACAAAAGCACAUUUUGAGAAAGACCUCAUGGAGAGGUGUGCUGCAGAAAAACAACAGCUUAUUCAAACUUACGAAGAGACAAUGUCGCAGUUAAAGGCUAACGUAGAGGAGCUGAACAGAGAGAUGACUGCAGUGAAGGAAUGUUACAUUGGAGUCUGUAGGGAGAAGGACACCUUGGAAGCUACUUUAAGGCAGAAAUUUGAGCAAGAGCAGCAGCUGAAGGAAGAGAAGCUCAAGAAACAGCUACUAGAAGAAAAAGAAGACUCCCUUAACCUUCUGAGGAAUGAACUUGAAGAGAAACACAGCAGUUCUAUGAUAGCAGCAAAGAGACAGUGGCUGGAAGAAAAAGAACAGCAGGUUGAAGAGGAAAUUGCGUUAGCCAAAGUUCACUGGGAGAAAGAAGAAAAAGAGAAUAAAGAACGAGUCUUUGCAAAAAUAGAAAGAGAAUGGCAAAGUAGGCUGGAAGAAAUGAGAAGAACUGUAGUUGAAUGUAAUGACUGCAGCAGCCAAACUGACCGAGUAACAAUUGUGGAUGAAGCUUCAACUAAAGAGUUAGAAUGGAUUAUUGAAGACCAGAGGCUGCAGAUCCAGAAGGCGCUGAAAGAAAAUAUGGCCUCUGAACAGGCCUUAAAAGAAUUUGAAAUAGAACUGGAAAAUAAAUACCGUAAAAAUCUUGCCAGCCAGGUAGAUGCAGCUUUAACCCAAGCUCGUGCCAGGUGGCUGCAAGAAUUAACAGACCUCAAAGAGUACCAAGUAAAUCUAAAGAUCGAACAAGAAAAAUGGGAAAAAGAACACAAAGAGACUGCAGCAAAGCAGUUAGCCCUAGUUCUCUCAGCUGCUGAAGAGAAAUGGAAAAAAGAAUAUGAGAAUACAGAGAAAUCUGGACCAAGAAUGAAGGAACUGGAAGAAAAGGUAAUUUCUCUCAAGAAGGAGCUGGAGCUGAAGAAAGAAGAAAUCCCUGCAGCUAUCAAAGCAGAACUAGCAAAAGCUCGUGCUCAGUGGAACAAAGAAAAGCAAGAAGAAAUCCUGCAGAUACAAGAGCAAAAUGAGAGAGACUACCGAUCGUUCUUAGAUGAUCACAGAAACAGAAUUCGAGAGGUACUUGCAACAGCAAAGGAGGAUCUUGCAAAGCAGAAGAAUGAUCUCUCCAUUCAGAAAGAGGCAGAAAUAAAGAUGUUACUAGACCAAAAGCAGCGAGAAUGGGAGGCUCAGGAAACAAAGAGACUGCAGGAUGAAAUUAAUCGGUAUGAGGAGAAAACUCUGGUUGAGCUUGAGUACUUGUUGAGUGAAAUCCAUGAAGAACUAGUCAAGUGCACACAUAGUAAGUGUUCUUGGAAGGAUAAAUGUUUUGAUGCUCAUAUUCAAUUAAACCAUCAAUGCAAAGACAAACUGAAGGCUUGCUUACAAAAGGCCUACAGAACCACGGUUUACACAAUUCUGGAAAAGAAAGAGCAAGAAUGGAAAGAGAAAUAUGAAGAGCUAAUGAGUAAUGUAAAUAAAGAAGCAUACUCUUGCCUGCAAUGUGGUGAAGAAGAAACUGGGGACAUGGCAAGACCUCCUGUGUACAGUGUUGGACACCAAGCAGAAGCACAAAGGAGGCUAAGACAACAGCCACCCUUGCAGAAAACUGGAACAGACAAAGAAAAUAAGAAGGUUCUAGAAGCUCUAAUUUCAGAGAACUCUGAGAUGAAGACUAAACUGAAAGACCUGGCAACACCACCAAGGUAUUUAAAUUUAAACAAGCUGAUUUUUUUUGUUGUUUGGUUGGGUUUUUUUGGUUUUUUGUUUUUAAGACAUAAGCUGCUUUUCUUGUGCAGUGUGACUUACGUGCAUUUCAGGUCACUGUCAAAGGGAGGCAUCUCAAAACCUUGUACAUCCUGUGACUCUGUGAAAGGGCUGGAAGAACUGCGUGCUCAGUACAUUAAAGCUGUGAGCAAGAUUAAGUGUGAUAUGCUUUGUUAUAUCCGUGAAAGUAAGGAGCGAGCUGCUGAAAUGAUUAAAGUGGAGGUUUUAAGAGAGCGCCAAGAGACGGCACGGAAAAUGCGCAAAUACUAUUUGACAUGCCUUCAACAACUUCUUACUGAUAAUGGGAAACAUGAAGGAGCUGAAAAGAAAAUAAUGAAUGCUGCCAGUAAACUUGCUACAAUGGCAAAAGGACUUGAAACGCCUCUUCGACACAUUCCCCAAAGCAAAUCUACCCGCUCAGCUCUGCUAUUAAAUUCUGAUCUACCACCUGGAGCUGAGUACUCAAAGAGAGAUCGCAUGCUUCAGACUAGGUCAAACCAUAUGGAAAGCAAAUCAUGUGGCGAAAGCAUUACUGAAAAAGCCAAUGAUAAAGUUGUCCAGAAACGUGUACCACAUGACUUGAGACAGCAGUUUGAUGCAGUGCAGACUGAAACUCCACAUAUGCUUCAUGAAAUGGUGACUUCAGAUACUCAUAACGGGAAUAAUUCUAAAAAUCAGGAUGGUGCUUCAAGAGAUCCUCUGCCAGAGUUUUAUCCAAAUGAAGAUGGAAGAAGAGAGAAAUAUGGCCCCAUCGUAAAUGCAGACAGAGGACUUUUGUGUGCUGCUAGUAACAUAGCACAUCAGAAUGCUCCUCCAUUUGCUUUUCAAGCAACAUUAGAAAAUAUGCAUGCACCCAGCUUUACAAAUGGCCAUACCAUCUCUGGGCCAACUCAUCAUACACUUAAAAGCAAGAAUGAAAGAACAGUCUUGAAAGAGGAUAAAUGCAUCCCGUCAUGUGGAAAAUGUAAAACUAAAUCUAAAAGAACUCGGGAAUUUGAUUUUCAAGAAACUCCAGAAAGAGAUGAAGGAAGCUGCAGUGAAUGGAGUUCUGUGAAUGGAAGCCUGCUUCUGGAUCAUAGUGAUACGCCUCUAUUGUAUCCUGAGCAAAGAGCCAGUAUGAAUGUGCAAGCACAGACUGCGUACUGUGAAGAGUUUCCUCACAUCAGGUCAUUUACCCCUGCAGAUGAAAAUGUUGAUAUUUCUUGGAGAGACAUUUCUAAUAGCAAUGGAAACAUUCUCAAUACAAAAAGCAGCAAUAAAGUUUACAGUAGAGGCCACCUGAUAAACCCAGACCAUACUUAAUUCCUCAACUCUGACAAAUGAAAUCCUGCUGUCAUACAACUCAAUGUAGCACCAGAUUCAAAUGUAGGAAAAUGCUGCAACAAAUGCUUGGGAAAAAAUGGUGUGGGAUCCCCAGUCUCUUCAGCAAGAUAGUGAUUUUGAUAGCCCACUUUCUAACUUGAACUGAUACCAGCAAUUCCUUGUUUGAAGGAAAAAAAAGAUAACUUGAUAUUUAAAUAAAAGCAUGAGGAUUGGGGAAAACCUCUUCUACUGUGUCCAUUUCAUGAUCAAUGUUACGCAAUUUGAAUGUUAUGUGAAGAAAUUGUAUAAAGUUACUUGAAAUAUUAAUGCAGACUUUUGUUUACCUUUGUAAUAACACUUUCAUAAUUGUUUAUAGUGUAUUAUAUACAAAUUUAUUAAAUAGAAUCUAUUUUUAUAUUAAGUUUAGCUUGCAGUGCGGUGUUUAUCUGAAACAAAGCUACUGUAACUUGUGGUAAUCGUUUUAAAUGGUUAUGAAAAUUCCUUCAGAGUUCAAUCAGAAAUGUUUUAGGAUUUGCUUGAAGUAAGUAUUUUAAUUGACUUUUCCAUUUUGAAGGAUCCCCUGUAAGCCUCUGUGUG